GGCUCCUGAUUCUCCCGUGGGCGGGCGACGGUUAUUUAUGGCGACACGUUGUGGCACCUUCGACUCUCCGGAUCUGCCACGGGUCCCUUGGGAGCGCCGCGGAAAUCGUGAGAGUGAGAAGAAGAGGAGGCCCGGCGUGGGUACAAAGACCGGGGCAGCUGGCGUAUGCAGAGUUUCUCGAGCCUACUAUGAGUCUCUACAACCUGACGCUCGUCGCAGCAGGGCUUGUUGCCCUGGGAGUGUAUCUCACCAGCUCGGUCGCAAGGAGGCGAAUGCGGGAUGUCGAUGGACUGCCUCGUCCACCGCGAGAGUCUUGGCUGUUCGGAAAUCUUCCGCAGCUUUUCCUUCCGCAAAACUACGGUGACCAUGAAUUCGGGUGGCAGGCGGAAUACGGCGACGUGUAUGUGAUACACGGUGUUCUAGGCCAAUCUCGUAUGAUGGUCUCGGACCCCGCUGCCCUGAACCAUCUGCUUCGAAACGACGACGUCCAUCUCGCCCCGAUGAUGCUCGCGCUCGGGCGUUCCUUGUUCGGUCGAGACAAUGCGAUGGCGCUCCGAGAUGCAUCGCAUAGGAAGCUGCGCGCGGCUCUCAAUCUCGGCUUUGCCCCCGCUGUCGUGAAAGGAUACCUGGAAACCUUCGAGUCCGUCGCUCGUGGCAUCACCACCGCACUCGACUUGGGCGACGGCCAGGAGGGGUCCGUCGUAGACAUCUCGGAGCCGCUCUCCACGGCAACGCUGUCCGCGAUUUCUCAAGGUCCGCGCGCUCAUUCUGGGUCUUUCCGUCGAAGCGCUGGGCGCAGAGCUGAUACAGGCGAACAUUUCAAUCCUGUUGAGUGCCUUUCUAGCCCACGCACACUGAUUGCUUCAAUUCGCUCCCCCAGCGCAGAGGCGGAUCGCUUCGGACGGGCGCAAUUCGUCGCCGAGGCAAUGGCGCCCUACCUGCCGGCUCCAUUCCUCGAUUGGAUGUUUGGUCUUCCGCUGCCGAUGUUCGCUGCAAUCCGGCGCGCGUAUGAGCUUGCCAGAAAGAUCGAAGACCAAGCUAUCCAAGACCUUGCACAAUCAGAGGACUCGAAUGAGCGGAGCUUUGAGCACUUGUAUGCGAAGAUCUUGGCGCAGAACUCGAAGAGGGCACUCUCACCUGAUGAGCUCGCUAUGCAGACGAAUCUGGUCCUCAUCGCGGGUCAAGACACGACGGCAAACACGCUCGCAUUCGCGCUCACAGAACUAGCGCGACAACCGGCGCUGCAGGACGCCCUGCGUGGCGAGAUCCGCAAGGCGCGGUUGGAGCCUGCCACCGAUUACGACUCCCUGCCACUGCUCAACGCAGUCAUCAAGGAGGCCCUCCGGCUGCUCCCGGCCGAGCCCAUCGGCGACAAGAUCGCACACGUCGACCUGACCUUGCCGCUGAGCCGCCCGGUGACGCUUUCCGACGGGCGAGUCGUGGACCAGCUGUUUGUGCCCAAGGGCCAGCUCGUGGGAUUGGCGUUCGCCGGGUACCAACGCGGUGGGACGCGCUGGGGCCCGGAACCUGAGGCGUUCAAUCCCUACCGGUGGAUCGAGGGAAAGGUCGGAGUCAGCGAGCCGAUGGCAACAAGCCCGUAUGCGCAUCUACUAGCGUUUUCGAACGGUGGCGAUUUGCGUGAGCGCUAUUGCCUUCGUCUCACCACGGUACUGAAUCCAGCUCUUCACUGCCGCAGCAUCCUCGAGAUGCAGGUCAUCCUCGCCGAGCUGGUCCCGAAGUUCGUGUUCAAGAUCCCGGACGACCCGGCUUUGGCGAUGCGCUUCAGGUUCGCCAACACGCUGAUGCCGUGCAAUGACAAAGGAGAGAAGCGUGCCUGGCUUGCUGUGGAGCGGGUACAGGACCUGUGAAAUUGUCAACAAGACUGUACAGCUAUCAUAUACACGAGUAUUCUGCAUGUUAGAUGGGAACUGAUCAUAUGACAUGCCUACGAUGUGUGCC